AUGGGGUGGCUCGCAGCCCGCGUCUUCCUGGCCCUCCUGAAAGCGCUGCUGUCGGCCGCGGCCCUGGACUCGCCGUCCACGGCCACGCCCGGGAGCCCGCUGUCCCCCACCGAGUACGAGCGCUUCUUCGCGCUGCUGACGCCCACGUGGAAGGCGGAGACCACGUGCCGCCUGCGCGCCACGCACGGCUGCCGCAACCCCACGCUGGUGCAGCUGGACCAGUACGAGAACCACGGGCUGGCGGGGGCCCGGCAGGGCGGCCGCUUCUACGGGCUGGAGCUGUACGGCGGCCUGCGCAUGGACUUCUGGUGCGCCCGGCUGGCCACCAAGGGCUGCGAGGACGCGCGCGUGUCCGGCUGGCUGCAGGCCGAGUUCCUCAGCUUCCAGGACGGGGACUACCCCACCAAGAUCUGCGACACCGACUAUGUCCAGUAUCCCAACUACUGCGCCUUCAAAAGCCAACAGUGUCUGAUGAGGAACCAGAGUCGGAAGGUGUCGCGCAUGCGGUGUCUGCAGAACGAGACGUACAGUGUGCUGACGCCGGCCAAGAGCGAGGAGGUGGUGCUGCGCUGGAGCCAGGAGUUCAGCACCUUAGCCCUGGGCCAGUUCGGCUGAGCUGGGGGCCCCCACCCCCCCAUCCCUGCCCAGGCCCUGCAUCCGGGGGCCCAGGGCGGUGCCUGAUGGGAAAUCUCCCCACCCCCGGCCAUGUCUUUUCUAUAAAACGUUUAUUUG